UACACCCUCAACCCCCUCAUCUACACUACGUAGUCGCCGUAUAUCGCUUCGACUAUACAUCUGUACUGUAUAUAUGUAUAUAUAUAUAAACUCCGCGAGGCCUCGGAGGAAAACCUGUGCCUCUGAAGCCUCGCAUAGACGGUAGAUAGAGUAUAAGACGCAAAAUUCACCAUCCUAAUACUCACAGUCGAAACAACCGUAGAGAAUCUUAUCCUAGGCCUUGGUUAAUAAUGGCCUCCUCGAAGAUCGUCCUCUUUGAUAUACCAUCGAAAGAGCCCAACCACGCCUGGUCCCUCAACACAUGGAAGACACGAUUGGUUUUGAACUACAAGGGGCUGGACUAUGAGACUGAAUGGCUUGAAUACCCGGAAAUCAAGCCAAGGCUUGAACCCCACAUCCCGGGCAAGGAUCAAUAUACUGUUCCUACCGUUAUUAUGCCCGACGGUACCUACAUCAUGGAUUCCAAAGUAAUUGUGGGAGUGCUGGAGGAGAAAUAUCCAUCGCCACCGCUACCCAUAAAUUGGCCGCACGUUCAAAGAUACAUUGAAGAGCUGAAAGGAGUCUUCGAAAAUCUGCGACCUAUUUUCAUGCCAGCAGUGCGGGACCGACUUCUGAAGGACCUGAACCGCGAGUACUGGAACAGAACCCGCUCAGGACACGUCGGCAUGGACCUGGAUCAGUUUGUGAAGGAACACAGCGCGGAAGAAGCAUACAAGGGGGCGGCGACUUACCUAAAGAACACCAUUAGCUACGUCGACUUUACGCAUGCCGGAUUUUUACUGAUGUUCCGCCAGUUCGGCGACGACAUUUUUCAACCCGUUCUGGAAGGCACAGGAGACCCUGAACUACAUCUCAAGUUCUUGGAAGCCUUGAAGCCCUGGACUGAGCGAGAUAACUAUUAAAAUCCACCUCGGAGACAUGAAAUGACAUGAUGUGAGGGCGAGCUGGGACACUAGACAUGGACAAUAGGACCGCUAGUCAGGCGAAUAUGCAAGACGUGUAUCGUUCAGAUUCCAUGUAGCUCAUGCUGUGUGGAAAGGCAUUAUAUACGCAUAUACUAUCUUUUCCAGGUUCACUUCUCGUCCUACACAGUGAAUGGCAAUGGAGAAGUGAUGGCUAUUCUUGCCUAAUACGGU